AGCCCGCCCCGCCAGAGCACUUUCCCCACGCUAACCACACCCAAAACACGAUCAGAAUCAAGCGACGGAUCGCCCGCCUGACGCCCUGACCCGAUUGGCCGAUUCUAACCUCGCGUCGGGUCCCCGAUUCGUCUAAUCCCUUCCGGUUCCACCACCACCGCCUUUCCUUCUUCCCCGUCGCCGUCGCGCUCGCCUUUGAUCCCCCCCCCCCCCUCUCCCGUUUGGCCGUUCCUACCCGCAUCGCCACCUUCCCCCAGCUUUCCCCGGCUUUUGGAAAUGUCGCGCGCAGCCGCGCUGGUGCGCUCGUGGUGACGACCCCGAUCGCACGUUGGCGCGAGCGGGCGGCACAGUUCCGUUCCGCCUCGCGCACCGAGAUUAUUCCCCCAUUUUUUUUAAUCGCAUUACAUGACAGUGGCGCCCGGUUGGCUUCGCCUGGCUGUGGCUCCCCUCACCCCACCCUCCUCCCUCUCUCUCCUCCUGUCGUGCCGCGGUCGCGUCGCCCUCCUCCACCACCACCACCCCAUCAGCCCACCCGCCUCCGCGUCGCUGCUGCUGCUGCCACCGUCGCGCGCCUCCACGCCCCCACUCGCCCGCGAGCGCGCGCGCGCGCUCCCAUCCCGGGGCGGAUCGCGCCGCCGCAGGGGCGAUCGGCGAUCGGAUAGCGCCCGAGGGGAGGAGAUCGCCCGUCGGCGCCGCCGCUGCCGCCGCCGACCGUGCCGCGACUCCUCCCGUCCGGUCCCGUUGCAGCGCUUUAAACCGGGGUCCGUCCCUCGAGGCAGGGCGGGGCGGCUCGAUCGCCGCAGAUGAGACAUGGCUUCGAUGUUAAACAUUGUUAAAGGCUCUCAUGUAUGGGUGGAAGAUAAAGAUUUAGCCUGGGUUGAUGGUGAGGUAUUCGGAAUUGAUGGUCAAAAUGCCCAUGUUCGCACACCCAAGGGGAAAACGGUCACUGCAAAGAUAUCAGAUAUUCACCCUAAAGACACAGAAGCACCACCUGAUGGAGUGGAUGACAUGACAAGGUUAUCAUACUUGCAUGAGCCUGGAGUUCUGGAUAACCUGGCUGUCAGAUAUGCAAAAAAUAUCAUUUAUACCUACACUGGCAACAUUCUGAUUGCAAUAAAUCCAUUCCAAAGGCUGCCUAAUCUGGUUGAUGCCUGUACUAUGGAAAAAUACAAAGGUGCAAAUCUAGGGGACUUAGAUCCUCACGUAUUUGCAAUAGCUGACGUUUCUUACAGGCAAAUGAUAAAUGAAGGAAAGAGUAACUCCAUUUUGGUCAGUGGUGAAAGUGGUGCUGGUAAGACUGAAACUACAAAAUUGUUGAUGAGAUAUCUUGCAUUCCUGGGUGGGCGAUCUGGAACAGGAGAAAGGACAGUUGAACAGCAGGUUUUAGAAUCUAAUCCAGUCCUUGAAGCUUUUGGGAAUGCGAAAACCGUUCGGAACAACAACUCAAGUCGAUUUGGUAAAUUUGUUGAAAUCCAGUUUGACAAGAGCGGAAAGAUAUCUGGUGCUGCCAUUAGGACUUACUUGCUCGAGAGAUCCCGAGUCUGCCAAAUUAAUAGCCCAGAGAGAAACUACCAUUGCUUUUACUUCCUGUGCGCAGCACCAUCUGAGGAUCUUAAGAAGUAUAAGCUUGGGGACCCAUCUUCAUUUCACUAUCUCAACCAAUCAGCUUGCAUUAACGUUGAUGGGAUCAAUGAUGCUGAGGAAUAUCUUGCAACAAGAAAUGCAAUGGAUACUGUUGGCAUCACUGAGCAAGAACAGGAAGCAAUAUUCCGCGUUGUUGCUGCUGUGCUUCAUCUUGGAAACAUAAAUUUUGCAAAAGGGAGAGAGGUCGAUUCAUCUGUAAUAAAGGAUGACAAAUCUAGAUUCCAUCUUAAUACAGCAGGAGAGCUCUUGAUGUGUGAUUGCGAGAAGUUGGAGAACGCCUUGAUAAAUAGGGAAAUCAAUACACCAGAAGGAGUGAUUACCACUACUGUUGGUCCGAAUUCUGCUACUAUUAGCCGGGAUGGUUUAGCAAAGCAGAUAUACUCUCGAUUAUUUGACUGGCUUGUAAACAGAAUAAAUGCAUCAAUAGGACAAGACCCAGACUCGAACAAACUGAUUGGGGUACUUGAUAUAUAUGGCUUUGAAAGUUUUAAAACUAACAGUUUUGAACAACUAUGCAUCAAUUUUACCAAUGAAAAACUCCAGCAACAUUUUAAUCAGAAUGUCUUCAAAAUGGAACAAGAGGAAUACACAAGGGAGCAGAUUAAUUGGAGUUACAUAGAGUUUGUUGACAAUCAAGAUGUACUUGACUUGAUUGAAAAGAAACCAGGUGGCAUUAUUGCACUUCUUGAUGAAGCCUGCAUGUUUCCAAAGUCCACACAUGAGACAUUAUCUCAAAAGCUGUAUGAAAAGUUCAAGAACCACAAAAGGUUUACCAAACCAAAGCUUUCUCGGACUGCUUUUACAAUUCAACAUUAUGCUGGAGAUGUAACAUACCAAUCUGAUCAAUUCCUGGACAAGAACAAAGACUAUGUGGUAUCAGAGCAUCAAGAAUUACUUAACGCUUCUAAGUGCUCUUUUGUAUCAGGGUUAUUUCCACCAGCAACAGAAGAGAACACAAAAUCAUCAAAAUCCUCAAUCGCAACUCGCUUUAAGAUGCAACUUCACGAGCUCAUGGAGACUUUGAGCUCAACAGAGCCACAUUACAUCAGAUGUAUAAAGCCAAAUAGUGUUCUUAAGCCUGCUAUUUUUGAGAACACUAAUGUUCUGCAGCAGCUUCGAUGCUCGGGUGUUCUUGAAGCCAUUAGAAUCAGCUGUGCUGGUUAUCCGACAAGGAAACUAUUCCAUGAUUUUCUACAUCGCUUUCGUGUUCUUGCUCCUGAAAUUCUGAAAGAGAAAAAUGAUGAAAAAGUCGCCUGUCAAAAGAUUUUGGACAAAAUAGGACUACAAGGUUAUCAGAUAGGAAGAACUAAGGUAUUCCUGAGGGCUGGUCAAAUGGCUGAUCUGGAUGCUAGAAGAACAGAGAUGCGAAAUUAUGCAGCAAGAGGUGUUCAGAGUCAAUACCGUACUCACGUUGCUCGUGAGCAGUUCCUAGUACUACGAGACGCAUCUAUUUGUUUGCAGUCUUUUGUUAGAGCAAGAUUGGCUUGUAAGCAACAUGAAUUCCUGAGGCAGCAAGCAGCAGCAUUGAGAAUUCAGAAAACCACCCGCUGGUAUUUUGCCUGGAAAACUUAUUGCCAACUGCGCUUGUCAGCCGUUACAUUGCAGGCAGGGGUAAGGGCCAUGGCAGCUCGCAAUGAGUUCAACUUCAGAAAGAGAAAUAAAGCUUCAGUCCGUAUCCAGUCCCAAUGGCGUUGCCACAGAGAUUACUCAAAUUAUAUGAAGUUGAAGAGAGCGGCAUUAACAUAUCAGUGUGCUUGGCGAAGAAGGGUUGCUAAGAAGGAGCUGAGGAAGCUCAGAAUGGCUGCAAGAGAUACACAAGCUCUAAAGGUGGCAAAAGAGAAACUUGAGGAACGUGUGGAAGACCUAACAAGCCGCCUAGGCCUGGAGAAGAAACUAAGGGAUGAUCUGGAGAAGUCCAAAGCAGAAGAAGUUGCCAAACUGAAGACUGCUCUUCGUGAGAUGGAGCAGCGAGUAGAAGAAGUCAAAGCGAUGCAGGAACAAGAAUCAGCUAAAAAGGCUGUUGAAGAAGCUCUAGCUCAAGAAAGAGAAAAGAUCAGUUUGUUGACUACUGAAAUUGAGGGCCUCAAGGAGCUGCUAGUAGCUGAACGAGAGGAGAAUGAUAUAAGAAAGAAAGCACAUGCUAAUGCUCUGGAGACGAAUGAAGAGUUAAAUAAGAAAGUCAGUGAUGCAGAUGAAAAGAUCAAGCAAUUUAGUGAUACUGUACAGAGACUAGAAGGGACUAUAAGAGAAGGAGAGGCCCUUUUGCUAACCGAAAGACAACAAAAUGAAGCAGCUAGUGCUACACUUGCUGAAUCUCAAGCAAGAAAUGAAGCAUUGGUAAGCAAGCUUGAAGAUGCUGUGAAACAAAAUGAUCUCCUCCGUGAAACUUCUCAAAGAUUUGAAGAAGCCAUGAAAAAUCUGGAAUCUUCACUAAUAUUUGAGAAGCAACAACAUGAGGCAAGUUUGCUAGAACUAGCUGAAGCACGAGAAAAAAUUGAAGAGCUUCAAAGAGAAGUUGGGGACACUGAUGAAAAAUCCACCCUGCUUCAGACUACUAUACAAAGCCUUGAAGAAAGAUCAAGGGAGAAGGAUGCUCUAUUGACAUUAGAAAGACAAGAAAGUGAAGCAACUAAGAAAUCCCUUAGUGAUUCUGAGGAUAGAAACCAGAAUUUACUCAUGAAAAUUGAAGUUGCUGAAAAAGAAACUGCCCACUUCCAAGAAACUAUCCAAAGAUAUGAACAAAAUAUGGCAGCACUGGAAACUUCGUUAAGAUCUGAAAAGCAGCAAACUGAUGUAAUCAUGAAACAACUAGCCGACUCUCAGGGGGAAAUAGGAGAGCUGCAAAGGAAGCUUGAAGAUGCUGAUGGAAGAAAUAGGCUUCUUCAAGAUUCUUUACAGAGACUCGAAGAAGAUGCUACUGCAAGAGAGGCUUUAAUGGUUACUGAAAGGCAAGAAAGCGAAGUGACAAAAAAGACACUAACAGAAGCUCUGGAUCAAAUUGAGGAAUUAGUCAAAGAAGUUGAGUGCGCUAACCACAGUGUGCAUCAGUUUCAAGAUAGUAUACAGAGACUGGAACAGAGCGCAGUUGCAAGAGAGGCAACUUUACUAACAGAACGUCAGGAAAAAGAUGCAAUAUCAAAAGAGUUAGCAGAGGCACAAGGAAGGAUCAAAGGUUUAUUGAAGGAAAUUAAAUCUGCUAAUAGAAAAACUGAUCAACUUCAAGAUACUAUAGAAAGGUUAGAAGAGGGCGCAACAACAACAGAUGCUCUUUACUUAGCAGAAAAGCAAGAGCAUGAUCAUACGAAGAAAUCACUUUCUGAGGCUCAAGGGAUAAACAAGGAAUUACUAACGAAAAUUGAGGAAGCUGAGAAAAAUAUACAUCAGCUUCUGGAGAAUGUGGAAAGACUUGAAAAAGAUACAGCUGCAAGAGAGUCUAUACUGCUUACAACAAAGCAAAGUUAUGAUGAGACCGCAAAAUUGCUACUUGAAGCUCAAGAGAAAAACCGAGAGUUAAUGCACAAAGUAGAGGACUCAGAUAGCAAAAUUGUUCUGCUUGAAGAUUCAGUAAAAAGACUUGAAGAAAGUACCGCAGAUAAAGAUUCUUUAUUGGCUAUUGAAAGACACGAAAACUGUGAAACCAAGAAAGAAUUAACUGGUUCUCAGAAAAAGAUUGAGGAAUUGCUAACUGAAGUGCAAGAUGCUCGUGUAAAUAUUGCAGAACUUGAGGAAUCCGUUAGGAGACUUGAAGGCAAUUUGGGAGUAACUGAAGCUUUAUUGCUAACUGAAAAGGAACAGAAUGCUUCCACCUUAAAAUUACUUUCAGAAGCACAAUUGAGAAUUGAAGAUUUAAUAAAGAAACUUGAAGGUGCAGAUAGAAAAUCUGAUAGCCUUCAGGAUACAAUAACAAGACUUGAACAAGAUGGCACUGCCAAAGAGGCCUUAUUGCUUACAGAAAAGCAGGCACAUGAGGCAACAAAGAAGACUCUCAGUGAAGCUCAGGAAAGGAAUGAAGAAUUGCUGAAGAAAAUUCAUGAUAAUGAUAAAAAUAUUCUUCAGCUUCAGUUUACUAUACAGAGGCUCGAGGAAACUACAGUUGCAAAUGAGAAUUUGCUGUUGAGAGAGAGGGAACAGAAUGAUGCAACAACAAAAGCGCACAUUGAAAGUCAAGAAAAAUAUGAAGAAUUACUAAAGAAAUUUGUUGAUGUUGACAGGAAAAUCGACCUUCUUCAAGGUACCAUAGAAAGGUUUGGAGAAAAUACAACAACAAAGGAUGCUCUGUUGCUAUCAGAGAGACAUGAAAAGGAUGCAAUUAAAAAGGCACUUACUGAGGCCGACGAGAAAAAUGAAGAGUUACUGAUGAAAGUUGAAGAUGCUAAUGAAAAAAUUGAACACCUUCAAACUAUGAUUAAUAAGCUUGAAGAUAAUAUAGCUGCAAAAGAUGUUUCUUUGGAAGCUGCAACAAAGGAAAAUGACACAAUCAGGAAAUCUCUUGCCGAAGCUCAAGAGCGAAAUGAUGAAUUACUCAAGAAAAUAAGUGACAGUGAAUACAGGAUCCACUUACUUCAAGACACAGUACAAAAGCUUCAAGUAGAUGCAAUAUCAAGAUUGUCUUCUUUUGUAAUGGAAAAACAAGAAAGUGAUGCUGCAAAGAGAGCUGUUACUGAAGCUCAUGAAAGAAAUGAAGAUUUACUGAAGAGAAAUGAGGACCUCCUCAAGAGGAAUGAUGCUUUGAUUAAGAAAAUUGAAGAGUCUAGUAAAAUUGUCACUCAACUUCAGGAAGCUCUACAAAGACUUGAAGGAAAAGCAGCCAACUUAGAGGCUGAGAACCAAGUUCUUCGUCAACAAGCAACUGCAACUCCGCCAUCUACUGCUAAAUCUCCAGCUUCGCGCUCAAAGAUCACAAGGAUCCAUAGAAGUCCAGAGAAUGGACAUAUUUUGAAUGGUGACAUAAGGCAAACUGAAAUGAAGCCCUCAGCUAGCACAUCAGAAGCAAUAACCUCAUCAGGCAAUGUUCCUGACUUGGGUGACCAAAAAGAAUUCGAACAUGGAGAAAAACUGCAAAGAAUACCAAAACAGAAAUAUCAGUCUUCCCAUCAUCAGCAGCCCCAGGACGAUCAGCAGUGGUUACUCACUUGUAUUUCACAAUAUCUUGGAUUUUCUGGGAGCAAACCUGUUGCAGCUCUUCUUAUAUAUCAAUGUCUUCUCCACUGGAAAUCAUUUGAAGCAAUGAAGACAGGUGUCUUUGACAGCAUUUUGCAUGCUAUAAACACGGCCACAGAGGCUCAAAAUGAUAUGAGAACAUUGGCAUAUUGGUUGUCCAACUUGUCAACGUUAACAGUUCUCCUUCAACGGUCAUUCAAAACUACGAGGACAGCGAUCUCGACUCCACAAAGGAGAAGAUUUUCGUCAGAUAGGAUCUUUCAUGGAAAUCAAACUUCAAAUGCUGGGCUUGCUUACCUCAGUGGACAGUCAGUUGUUGGAUCUGCUGGAUUGCCUCAAGUUGAAGCAAAAUAUCCAGCUUUGCUAUUCAAACAGCAGCUCGUGGAUCUAAUUGAAAAGGUUUAUGGUAUGAUAAGUGACAGUGUGAAGAAGGAGCUAAACCCUUUGCUUGAAUUGUGUAUACAGGAUCCACGAACUUCUCACUCAAGUCUCGCAAAAGGCCAUCUUAAUGGCAUGGGUCAGCAGAACCAACUCACACACUGGUUGGGCAUUGUGAAAAUCCUGACUAGCUACUUGGAUGUACUGAAGGCAAAUCAUGUUCCAUCAGUUUUGGUGCACAAACUUUUCACUCAAAUAUUCUCACUGAUUGAUGUUCAACUAUUUAACCGAUUACUUUUGCGGCGUGAGUGCUGUUCGUUUAGUAACGGGGAAUAUGUCAGAGCUGGACUAGCUGAACUAAAACAUUGGUCCGACAAUGCUACUAGAGAGUUUGCAGGUUCAGCAUGGGAGGCCUUGAGGCAUAUCAGACAAGCUGUUGAUUUCCUGGUGAUUUCUCUUAAGCCAAUGAGGACAUUAAGAGAGAUACGCACUGAUGUGUGCCCUGCCCUCAGCAUACAACAGCUAGAGCGAAUAGUUAGUAUGUACUGGGAUGAUGUGAAUGGUACCAACACUAUUUCAGCAGAGUUUACAUCAAGCUUGAAAUCUGCGGUACGUGAGGAAUCGAAUAUGGCCACAAGUUUUUCUAUACUCCUAGAUGAUGAUUCGAGUAUUCCUUUUUCACUUGAUGAUAUUACAAAGACACUGCCAGUCAUUGAGAUGGCUGAUGACGACUUGCUGCCUUUUGUCCAUGAAAACCCAAGCUUUGCGUUUUUAUUGCAAAGAGGGGAGUAGUCAUUUUUUUUCUCACCAUGGAGAUUUCGCCCACCUGUGGAUAAAUCAGGAUUCCUGUCUAGGAUGUACAGUAUGUGUGAUUCUUUUUAUACCAGAUAGCAAGGCAUUGAAGAUUAGCUGCUAGGUGAGCUUAUAGGCUUCUGGUUUUCAUUGAUUUAUUCGUUGAUUGUAUAUUUGUAUUCAGAUUUUUCUUGCUGUUUUUUUUCUUGGUAGUCAUUUUUGGGCUUGUAUACUAGGGGCUAGGGCAGAAGGCCCUGCCCAGUGAGCAUAGAUGCAAGGGGUUUUCUGUAAGUAGGAAAGCUGUACAUGUGUUGUAAAUGAUAAAAGAAAUAGAAAUCCCAUUGUCCAGCUGGCGUGUAGUGAUGGCUUUGUGGUUGGUGUGUCGGUACCCUUUUUUAUCAUGUAUUUUUAGUUGUUUUCUUUGUUGUAUUGUACAUCAGUUCUAGUGUACAUAACUUGCACGCUGAAGACUUGCCCUGUGGUGACAGUCUGAAUGUGUAAUGUGUUACAAGGAUGUCAUGCUUA